UUUUUUUUUCUCGCAAUUUCUGUUUCUUUCUUCCUUCCUCUCUUGCUCCAUUAUAACGUUGAAAAGCCUAAAUACAAAUUACCAACAAGUUCUUUUCAACAUUCUAUAAAUCUUCAUACCACAGCACGCGAUCACACAUUCAUAACAAGUAGGAUUUACAGGCAUGCCUCCAAAUGGCUUUACGCCUCCAUCAGAUUAUACCACUCCGCCUUGGCCAUCACUCUAUUGGCCUGUAACUGAUCCUUUAAGACAUGGCAUCUUUAUGUACUAUCCAAAGGAUAUUUGGCGAUUUACCACAUAUUGGACUCUUAUAUUUAUUGUCAGCAUAUACACUUUGGCAGGAUUGUGGGCUUGUCUUGUUUUUGGACGAAGACAUUAUAAAUGGGCUAUUCUCUUACCUAUCUUUUUCUUCGUCACAGGAGCAUUCAUCGCUUUCCUUAGCGGAAGUCUUGUCGGGUUGGCCAUCGCUGCGAUCUACAAUGCAGGAGCAUAUCGCAUGUCAACAUGGGUGCCAUUUCUAUGGGGUCUCAUCCAGGCACUAGUCGUAAUUAUGGGAUCCUACUCAACCGUUACGACAAUUCUUUGAUUAGCU